AUGGCUACCAAACGCACCGCCACGGACAGCGACAUGGAGCCCGCGCCCAAACGCAACAAGAAGCCCAACAACCACAAGUCGCGCGACCAUCAGAACGCCCACAUCGACCCGACAUGGGGACAGAAAUACGUCUUCUCCGCCUCCGAGAGCGCGACCACCGUCCCCGUCGAUUCGGAGCUCGAUUUCGAGGACGACGCCGACGCCAUGGCGUACCUCAGGUCCGUAAGGACCCAGGCAAACGGCAUCCCGCACCUCCUCGUCGCGCCCAAGAUCCCGAUCGGACCUCAGCUACCCCAGGACUUUCAGAACAUCAAAAGGGAGGACGACGAGGACGUUGAAAAUGGCGAGGACGCGGAGGAGGACCGCGAGAUUUACUCCUCGGGUCAGGGUGAUUUUAGGGGAUACUAUCACGACGGCGCAUACACUGCCCGCCCGGCAGCUUGGGACGAGGAACCUGCCCGAGACGCUUACGACGAAGGUGAACUGCAAGACGACGAGGACGGAUACUACGACCCGAACGAGGACGACCCGACGGCUCUAUACGAGGCCUACUUCGCCUCCAUCCUCUCCCGCUUCCACAAGCUGCGCGCAACCCUACACACAAAACCUCCCGCGUCCGCCGUCGCCGCGCUUCCCAAGACACACGGCCACUACGUCGGCGCCUUCGGCCCCAAAUCAUCCACCUUCUCCAUCUGGUCCGUCCGCCUACGCACGUCGGACCCCCUGCCGGCGCAGGUCGCGAGCAUGGACAAGGACGGCGUGCUCCGGGUGGUGCGGGUCUUGCUCGGCGGCAAGUUCCUGCGGAGGGGAUACGACCUCACGGAGAGGACGAGCCGGUGGCUCUGGGCGCUGCUGGCGAGGCUGCCGGAGAGGGGGGAGCUGAACCACGCGGAGAUCGGCUGGGUGAGGGACCUCGGGCGGCGGGCGGUGCUGAUGAUGCAGAGCCUUGCGGACAUGGCGAGGUUGAGGGACGCGUUGGAGGGGGAGGGGAUGGAUUUGGGUGUCCACGACGCCGUUGACGAGAGCUCUGACGACGAGGACGUCAUGAGGGAGAUGGAGGUCGACGAGAAGGACGGGGAGGCGUCGGCCCCUGAGAAGAGUACAGAGCAGACACCCCAGUCUGCGCAGAGCGAGGCGAAGGAUCCCGUCGAGCCGAAGAUGCAAGCUGAUGAGGGCGAAGUCGAAGAUGGAGAGGUCGACGACGAUCAAAAGUCGGAACCGAUGGAUGUCUCGGAAGACGGCGAGGUAGACGAGGGCGAAGUCCCGGAGCAACCCGCCCCUGCUGAGACGCUGGAGGAAGCGCGGGCUCGCUUGCUCGCGCAGCUAGAGACGACGACUGCGGAGGUGCCGGCCGAGGUUGUGGAGGUUGAGGAUGAUGAGAAGCGUAUGUCGGAUCAGCUUCGCGCGAGGAUGAACAUGCGGGCUACGCUCAACAUGAUCCUGACCGUUGCGGGUGAGUUUUACGGACAGAGGGACCUUCUCGAGUUCCGAGAUCCGUUCACAGGUAUGUAG